UUAUUUCAACAAAUGGCACCUGUUCGACUGAAAGUAGAAGCCGGGAGACCGGAUCAAGCUAACCUGUUUGGUAACUUUAAGGAACUUGAAAACCUCAAAGCGUACUCGGUUGGCAGCAUCACACACACACGUAAAGAAAUACCAAGUCUGAGGGACCAGAUGCAGAUCUCGACCGUCUGUCAGUUUGAGCCUUAAGAGGAUGCGUCUUUUUAGCCGCCGGCGUAUGUCCCCCCUUAAAUUGGUGCUCCUUGGGGGGACUCUCUUCAUGGUGGCCUUGGUAGUUCUCCAAAGGGAUGUUGGCUCUUCAUCCGGUGACCCCUGGUUACAGGAUCUGGUGGGAAAGAAGGACAAAGUAAUGGUGAUGGUCCGAGAGGCUGUGAACAAUAUUGGCUUCCAGAUUGGUGCUCCACAGCCACCACCAGUAAAAGAGUCUACAGAGGAUGCUAAGUGCCCCAGUGGAUUUUACACUCAGGCUGAGCUCAGACCUCACUUGGAGAGACCACCGCAGGACUCCCAAAGCCCAGGGGCUGAUGGGAGAGCAUUUCAGAAAGACAACAUGACCCCAGAGGAGGAGAAGGAGAAGGAGGAGGGCAUGACACGACAUUGUUUCAACCAAUUUGCCAGUGAUCGUAUCUCGCUCAGCCGUAGUCUUGGGGAUGACACAAGGCCUCCAGAGUGUGUAGAGAGGAAGUUUCGUCGCUGCCCUCCUCUGCCUACCACUAGUGUUAUUAUAGUGUUCCACAAUGAGGCAUGGUCCACCCUCCUCAGGACAGUCUACAGCGUCCUGCACACAUCUCCUGCUGUCCUCCUAAAAGAGAUCAUCUUGGUGGAUGAUGCCAGUACUGCAGAGCAUCUGAAGGGCAUGCUGGAGGAGUAUAUACGUCAGCUGAAGAUUGUCCGCGUAGUGAGGCAGCCGGAGAGGAAGGGCCUCAUCACAGCCAGGCUUCUGGGUGCCAGUAUUGCUCAGGCUGAAGUUCUCACCUUCCUUGAUGCACACUGUGAGUGUUUCCAUGGUUGGCUAGAGCCCUUGCUGGCCCGGAUUCUUGAGGAACCCACUGCUGUAGUUAGUCCAGAAAUCAGCAGCAUUGACCUCAACACCUUUCAGUUCCAUAAACCUGUGGCCACUAGCCGUGCCUUCAACAGAGGUAACUUUGACUGGAGCCUGACUUUCGGCUGGGAGGCUAUCCCCGAGGAUGCAAAGAGGCUACGCAAGGAUGAAACCUACCCUGUAAAAACGCCCACUUUUGCUGGAGGUCUCUUCUCAAUUUCGAAAGAGUACUUUGAGUACAUCGGAACAUACGAUGACAAGAUGGAGAUCUGGGGCGGUGAAAAUGUGGAAAUGUCAUUCAGGGUGUGGCAGUGUGGGGGUCAGCUAGAGAUCAUCCCUUGUUCUGUGGUGGGCCACGUCUUCCGCACAAAGAGCCCCCACACCUUCCCCAAGGGCACUGAGGUAAUCACUCGCAACCAGGUUCGCCUAGCUGAAGUCUGGAUGGACGACUAUAAGAAGGUCUUCUAUCGGCGCAACAAGAAUGCAGCAAUUAUGGCCAGUGAGCACAAAUAUGGAGAUAUCUCUGAUCGCCUGAAACUGAGAGAGAGCCUUCAGUGCAAGAACUUCUCCUGGUAUCUAAACACAGUCUACCCAGAGAUCUUUGUUCCAGACUUAACUCCAGAAAAAUUUGGAGCCAUUAAAAACUUUGGCUCUAAUAAGUGCCUGGAUGUUGGAGAGAACAACAAAGGGGGUAAACCUCUCAUCAUAUAUUAUUGUCACAACAUGGGAGGCAAUCAGUACUUUGAGUAUACCUCUCAUAAGGAGCUGCGUCAUAACAUUGGAAAACAGCUGUGUCUUCAUGCCUCGGGCCAGUCAGAGCCAGUGAAGAUUGAGCUGUGCCAGCUGAAGGGGAAAGGUACCAGUCUGGCACCUGAACAGGAGUGGGUCUUUACAGAGGAAAAUCUUCUGAAGAAUCCAAGCAGUAGAAAAUGUUUACAGUUGAGAGGAGACCAGAUUGUGAUGGACCACUGCAAUGCUGCUGAGAUCUACCAGCAGUGGGCCUUCAGCUGACCUUCCAGUCCUCACAUCAGGUGACCUGUGGCAUCUUGCACCCCCUUUCUCAAACUUGGCACAGAGGAGCCAAAUCAGCAUUGAUCGAGUAGGACUUGCCGUGAAGCUUGAGGCAUUUGACUAUACUGAAUGGAUAGUUAAAGAUGGAGGACAAAGUAAAGACAGUCACAUCUGUCAGACCCUUGUUUUAAAUGUAUUUAUAUAAGAAACUCUGCAGAGAUUUGAUGGUGGUUGUUGGGGAUCUUCAGUAUCUGUGCAAAGCUGUGAAAGCAAGUGACUUUAAAUGACUGGAUUCACACCCCAGCUUGGACAAUCAAGAUUUUCUUGUUUUUUUGGUUUUUUUUUUUUUGUUUGUUUGCUCUGGGGUUUUUUUGUUUUUGUUUGUUUGUUUUUGAGACACUGAAUUUUGAAAUGGGAUCCCAUGUUUAGGUCUUACUAAGGAGUAACGGAUGCCCAUUGUUUUUUUUUAAUAAAAAUUCUGUUUUAGAUGAGGUAUUGUUUGUAUACAGUAUGUGUUGGGUUUUUUAUUUUUUAAAUGGCCAAGUCUAUUUCUGAAGGUUUUAUACAUAAAAACUGAAUUAUAAUGGAGUUGUAACUAA